AUGGCAGCACUUUUUCCUCUGCUGCUCGCGCACCUACUCCUCUGCGCCCAUGGCGCCACCGCCUCCUCGACCGCGACGCCGCCGCCUCUCCCGGUCCUGCCCGUCCCGUCCUACGCGCAGCUCCGGUGGCAGCUCUCCGAGAUGGCUCUCUUCCUCCACUUCGGGCCCAACACCUUCACGGACUCCGAGUGGGACACCGGCCGCGCCGACCCCUCCGUGUUCGCCCCCUCGGCACUCGACGCGGGCCAGUGGGCGCGCGUCGCGGCUCAGGGCGGGUUCGGCCGCGUCGUGCUCACGGCCAAGCACCACGACGGUUUCUGCCUCUGGCCGUCGGCACUGACCGACUAUUCGGUGGCCGCGUCGCCGUGGCGGUGCGGGGCUGGGGACGUCGUCGCCGAGCUCGCCGCAGCCGCGCGCGCGGAGGGGAUCGGGAUGGGGCUGUACCUCUCGCCGUGGGAACGCCACGAGCCGGUGUACGGGGACACCAUCGCGUACAACGAGCAUUACAUGGGACAGAUGAUGAAACUGCUGACCAGGUAUGGAGAUGUAGAGGAAGUUUGGCUAGAUGGUGCAAAGGGCGAUGCCAAGAAGAUGGAUUAUAUGUUUGAUGCCUGGUUUUCACUUAUACAUCAGCUACAACAAAGGGUAGUUAUCUUCUCAGAUGCUGGACCAGACACUAGAUGGGUGGGAGAUGAUGCAGGAGUCGCAGGCUAUACAUGCUGGUCUCCCUUCAACAAGAGCUCCGUGACAAUUGGGCAUACCAUUGCUGAGUAA